CGCGCUCUGCGCACACUAACCCGUGCGCAAUGACCAGCACUCGGUCCGGCUGAGCACUGCAGGCGCGGACUGAGCUGCGGUCAGGCUGGAGGGGCGAGUCUCCGUGAUUAAUGGGAGACGUCGGUGCAGCUCGUCAGAAGCGGGUCGCUUUCAGCCGGUAGUUUGGCCCGGAGGGAGCGCGGGAGACCACAUGGUCCCGUUUGGAGGCUGAGGAGCUGCGACGCGUUCAGGUGAAGCGGUCUGGAGUUGGUUUCUUGACAGCUGCGCCUCGGACAAACAUCAGUGAGCUGUCACCAUCCAUUCAGGAGGACGGAGCAGCUGCUCCGGCUUGUAUCCUGACUGCCCUCAUUUGUGCGUCUGAUGGUGCUGGAUGACUUGGAGGGGGCUUGACUUCAGAGGCCCCCAAUAAAACCCUGGUUUCCCAGAUAUCGCCCCUCUUUCCGGACGUCUAGUGCUUUUGUUUUGUGGAGACUCAGCCUUCGUUAGAGCCGCCGCCAUGGCCAGCCUGGUGAUCAACGAGACUGGAAUGGAGAACUGUGGGAUUGAUGAUUCCUUUAAGUAUGACUUGUACUCUGCGGUGUACAGCGUCGUCUUCAUUCUAGGUCUGAUAACCAAUUGCGCCGCCCUUUUUGUGUUCUGCUUCCGAAUGAAAAUCAGCAACGAAACCACAAUGUUCAUGACAAACUUAGCGUUUUCGGACUUGGUGUUCGUUUUCACGCUGCCCUUUAAAGUCUUCUACAACGUUAACCGCAACUGGCCGUUUGGAGAUGGCUUGUGCAAAGUUUCAGGGACCGCCUUCAUCACAAACAUCUACGGCAGCAUGCUCUUCCUCACCUGCAUCAGCGUGGACCGCUUCUUGGCUAUAGUGUACCCGUUCCGAUCCCGCUCCAUCCGCACGCGUAGGAACGCGGCGCUGAUGUGCGCCGCCGUGUGGCUGACCAUCGUAGGCGGAGGAAUAUCUGUGACCUUCUUCUCCACCAUUAACAGCAAACACUCCGCUACCACGUGUUUCGAAGGCUUCUCCAAGAACACCUGGAAGACCUACCUGUCUAAGAUCACUAUCUUCAUUGAGAUCGUUGGUUUCCUCUUACCCCUCCUGGCUAACUUGGUAUGCUCCUCUCUGGUCCUGCGAACGCUCCGCCGCCCAGUGACCGUCGCUCACGGCUGUGACAGCAAGAGACGCGUCUUACGAAUGAUCGUGGUCCAUCUCGGCAUCUUCAUCAUCUGCUUCGUCCCUUACAACUCCAUCCUUUUUGUGUAUGCGCUGGUGCGAACCCAGGCGCUAGCUAACUGCACGGUGGAGCGGUUUGCACGGACCCUCUACCCCAUCACCCUGUGCCUGGCCAGUCUCAACUGCUGCCUGGAUCCUGUGGUCUAUUACUUCACCUCGGAGAGCUUUCAGAAGAGCUUUGUUUUAGGAGGCAAAGGAAGCGGCUCUCGCCCCGAGAGUAUUCCCCGCAGUGACACCGAGGCUAAAGACAUGCCCAACAGUCUCCCCACGGACACACACACUGUGGCCAGCAACGGAAAAGAGACAGUGAUGUCCGACAGUCAGUUGUGACUCAACUUUUGUUUGUUUUUUUUACUGGAAACUGCAAUUAGCCGUUUGAUCCUGGAAGUGGCAAACAAAUAGCUUAACAGAUUAGUUAAGUCCUGAGGGUAAGUCCUGAGGUAUGGCCUGGGAUUUUCGGAUUAAUCCAUAACUGUUGAACUGAGGAAUAAAUCUUUUUUUUCUUUUUUUGUUGGGAGAGAACACUCGAGGGAGCUCAGUUCCAGCCAUACGAAGAAAACUGUUUGUUCAGGGACCCUCCAGCCCAUCAACACUCAGGCUUAUCGCACACUCAGUCCUGAAGACGCACUGGACUGUGCAUGAGAUAUAAACUUUGUAGUGUACCACAGGUUAUGCGAAACUUAGGACUUUCUCAUGCUGUUAUGCCAUUAGCAUCUUAAUACUUUAUAGUGUGUUGAUACUGCUGUUGUGUCCCGGCCUUGAACUGCCCCAGUUUUAUGUUGAGUUUUGAUGUUAAAAGCCUGAGUUUUAUUUCCCUCAUCAAACCUCCUCUUUGUCAGCGUGAACCUAAACAUGAACUUGCAGAGGAGUUUGUCUUUCUCUUGUUGUGCAGUCACAGGGCAGCCCUGAUGCAUUGGAGGACCUUGGUCUGCGCGCUGUGUCGCAGGCCAAAUGCUUAUUAUGGCUGAAGCAAUGGACCAUUGUUUUCCCCUGAAUGAGCGCUCUCUGUCUUAAUCUGGCCUUAGACUGCAGAUCUGCUCACAGUCUCUUACACGCAACAAACAUGUUCACAUUCCAAAGUACGGUUGAACAGUCGGGACUGUUUAUCCAAAAAUCGCCUUCUUACACAACACAGUAAUGAGUCAGGAGAUCCUCUAGAGUGAGAACUGCUGAAUUUGCAUGAAGGACAUUUUUUGGGGAAUACUUUUGUCAGAAAUGCCUUUUAUAAUGCAGUCCUAUCGGGGUGUAAUACCUAGCAAAAUAAAGAUUUUCAGAGGAUGA